AUGGGAACUCGAAUCCCUUCGCAUCAGUUAAGCAGUGGACUCUAUGUUUCGGGUCGACCCGAACAGCCGAAGGAGCGGUUACCGACAAUGUCGUCGCGUUCUGUUCCGUACACCGGCGGUGACCCGAAGAAAUCCGGUGAGCUUGGUAAAAUGCUUGAUAUUCCUGGAUUGGAUCCCAAAUCUUCGCAUCCGUCUUCUUCCUCUCAACACAACAGUGGUGGGCAGGUGAGAUCCAGGCCGAACUCGGGUCCGAUAGGGAGAAACAGUGGUUCGGGUCAAAUUGGGAGGAAUAGUGGUUCGGGUAAUAUGUCGAGGAAAUCAACCGGUUCUGGACCGAUAGCGUUGCAGCCGACUGGGUUGAUAACGUCGGGGCCGGUUGGAUCCGGUCCGAUUAAUGUGAGUAGGAGGUCGGGUCAGAUGGAGCAACCGGGUUCGGUGGGGGUGGGGAAAGCGGUUUAUGGUUCGGCGGUGACGAGUUUGGGCGAUGAAGUGAAAGUUGGGUUUAGGGUUUCGAGGUCGGUGGUGUGGAUUUUUAUGGUGGUGGUUGCAAUGUGUUUGCUUGUUGGUGUGUUUUUGAUGGUGGCUGUGAACAAGGCUGUGAUCUUGUUUGCGCUUGGAGGGAUUAUUGUGCCUGUUGUUGUUUUGAUUACUUGGAAUUGUGUUUGGGGAAGAAAAGGGCUUUUAGGGUUUGUUAAAAGGUACGCUGAUGCUGAACUUAGAGGUGCCACUGAUGGACAGUAUGUUAAGGUUACUGGGGUUGUAACUUGUGGCAGUAUUCCUUUGGAGUCAUCUUAUCAAAGAGUAUCUAGAUGUGUAUAUGUCUCCACAGAAUUAUAUGAGUAUAAAGGAUGGGGUGGAAAAUCAGCAAAUCCUAAACAUCGAUGCCUCACUUGGGGUUCUAGAUACUCUGAGAAAUACGUAGCAGACUUCUACAUAUCAGAUUUCCAGACCGGGUUAAGAGCAUUAGUGAAAGCGGGCUAUGGUGCCAAAGUUGCUCCUUUCGUGGAACCCACUACUGUUGUUGAUGUUACAAAAGAGAACAGAGAGUUAUCUCCAAACUUCUUAGGCUGGAUUGCAGACCGCAAACUCUCUACUGAUGACCGAAUAAUGCGUCUCAAGGAAGGGUACAUCAAAGAAGGCAGUACAGUAAGUGUGAUGGGAGUAGUCCGUCGACACGAGAAUGUGCUCAUGAUUGUUCCUCCAACAGAGCCUGCCUCAACUGGUUGUCAAUGGAGCCGCUGCCUUUUGCCAACCAACGUUGAAGGUCUUAUCAUAACAUGCGAGGACAACCAAGAUGCCGAUGUCAUUGCUGUUUAG